AUGGCUUCGAUUUACCAGGUAUACGUGAAUGGCAAGGAGUACUACCUGUUCAAACACCGUAUACCUCUGGAAAAAGUGUCAGUGAUAAACAUUGAAGGAGAUGUUACAAUGAACCUGUUUGCCUUCAUACAAAAGUGGAGCACAUCUUUAUUUGCCACGCAACUAAGGGGCUUAUUGCGCUGGUCUCCUUCCACCAUACAGUCGGAGCUCUCGCUUCCCGUCCAAAAUCCUGCCCUUCCUUAUGUGGGUCCGAUUUCCGGGGGACUGAGAGCAGGGACGGCCUUGUACUUAAAGGGAGUUGCUGGUACUACAGGUGAUCGGUUUUCAGUAAACUUCAAAACUGGACAGGGUGACAAUGAUGACAUUGCUUUCCACUUCAAUCCUCGCUACAACUCGAAUGUGGUCAUGAACACUUUCAGAAAUGGAGGAUGGGAGGCUGAGGAAUUUGGCCCUAACAAUCCCUUCAAAAUCGGAGAAGCUUUUGAGAUUUUUUUUGUGUUCAAACCUGAAGGAUAUCUGGUAUAUGUGAAUGGCAGGGAGUACUAUCUGUUCAAACAUCGUAUUCCACUAGAAAAAGUGUCAGUGUUGAAUAUUGAUGGAGAUGUUGUGGUGAACCUUGCAGGCUUCAUACAAAACUGGUAUAGUCUUGGCUUUUUGCGCUGGGGCCUUUCCACCAUACAGUCAGAGUUCUCACUUCCAGUCCAAAAUCCUUCCCUUCCCUAUGUGGGUGCAAUUCCUGAGGGGCUGAAAGCAGGACUGGCCUUAUACUUUCAGGGAGUUGUUGGCACUACAGGUGACCGGUUUGCAAUAAACUUCAAGACUGGGCGGUCUGACAAGGAUGACAUCGCUUUUCACUUCAAUCCACGACACAACUCGAUUGUAGCUCUGAAUAGCUUUAAAAAUGGAGGAUGGGAGGCUGAGGAAUCUCCCUCUGACAACCCAUUUAAAGUGGGACAAGCUUUUGAGAUGUUUAUUGUCAUCAAGCCUGAAGGAUAUCAGGUAUACGUGAAUGGAAAGGAGUACUACCUGUUCAAACACCGUAUACCUCUGGAAAAAGUGUCAGUGAUAAACAUUGAAGGAGAUGUUACAAUGAACCUGUUUGCCUUCAUACAAAAGUGGAGCACAUCUUUAUUUGCCACGCAACUAAGGGGCUUAUUGCGCUGGUCUCCUUCCACCAUACAGUCGGAGCUCUCGCUUCCCGUCCAAAAUCCUGUGAGUGAUACAAUAGAUGUUCUCCAGUGA